GAAACUCAGUAUAGUCAGGGCUCUUUUCCGGAGGUUGCAGUAGAACCGGAGCCCGAACCUGAACCGGAACCAGAACCUGAACCGGAGCCUGAACCGGAGCCUGAACCGGAGCCUGAACCGAAGCCUAAACCAGAAGUUGAACCGGUGCCACAACCAGAGCCUGAGCCAGAGUAUCAACCUGAACCGGAGCCUGAACCAGAGGUUGAACCGGAGCCAGAACCUGAACCUGUGCCGGAGCCAGAGCCUGAACCGGAGCCAGAGCCCGAACCAGUAGUCGAGAAGGAAGAAGAAGUUGUAGUCGAAUCUCCUCCUCGAGAACAAGAACCUGAAAAAUCUGGAAAAUCCAAGCCUUCGAGUCCGAUCCCCGACGCCCCAACAAUGGAAGAUAUCGCUCCGAGAGAGCUCGAGUCUCUAAACUUUUCCGAAACGUCUGGUACCUCCGAUCAACAAGCCGACAGAAUUAUGCAGAACAAUGAAAACGAGAGAGUCGAGGAGAAGAAACAAAUGAGCCCAACUCCAUCACAACCCCAACAUAAGACCCCACAAAGAUCUGGGAUUCGGCCACCAACGGCGAUUCUGCGACAGCCAAAACCGAUACCAGCAUCUUUGCCAAGGCCAGCAACUGCUACUCCCUCGUCUCAACGCGCUAUUAGUACACCAAGACAAACUGCUUCAACAGCGCCAUCUCCGAGACCCAUAUCAAAAAUGUCUCGAGAACGGUCGGAUGUUCAAAAAUCCACGUCUACGCGAAGCAUCGAUAAUGUUGGAAGAAUGACGCCAAAGGUUAACGCCAAAUUUGUAAAUGUGAAGAGCAAAGUGGGAAGUGUCACCAAUCAUAAGGCGGGCGGCGGAAAUGUGGAAAUUUUCUCGGAGAAAAGACUCUACAACGCCCAAUCCAAAGUUGGCUCCUUGAAAAACGCAACACACGUUGCCGGAGGCGGAAACGUUCAAAUCGAAAACAGGAAGCUAGAUUUUUCGGCAGCUUCACCAAAGGUUGGCUCGAAAACCAAUUAUCAGCCAGCAAAGUCUGACGUGAAGAUAGUUUCGGAGAAGUUGACUUGGCAAGCUAAAUCAAAAGUUGGGUCAAUGGACAACGCAGCGCAUAAGCCUGCUGGUGGAAAUGUUCAGGUAUUUUGAAGAUUAAGAAUUUGAAACACGAGUGAACUUGAAUUUGACGUGGUGGCUUUUCAUAUUGCAGCUAUUGAUUUUCAGAUAUUAAGUCAAAAAUUGAACUGGAAAGCCGAGAGUAAGGUUGGGUCAAAGGACAAUAUGAAUCAUCGGCCUGGUGGUGGAAAUGUUCAAGUUCGUAAUAAACUAGGCUACACACACAAUAUCACGCUUUUCUUCAGAUUUUCGACGAAAAAAUCCGCUACGUGUCGACGGACUCGAGCCGGAAUCAUUCUACGCUGGACAUCAGCUCGUUAUGAUCGGACCACGCUUUCACUUGAAUUUUACCACACCUCACUGAUCUUCAGAGGUUUUGUAUUUUUUCAGCAAACUGAUGACCUCUUUUUGUAAUAAAUUUGAUUAUUUGAAUAAUUCAUCUUCUCAGCACAGUUUAUCAUCCAUCACUGGAUCACAAUUUGCCCCACGAAAUUUCAGGUAAUUUCCAGCGAAGUGGCAGUAAGUCGACCAAAAAUGAUGACGGCCACAAUAAUUGAUAAGAAGAAGGAUUUUGCAAAACGACAAAGUGUCUCACAGAGAUCUUCAAGCAAUUCUCUACUGCCCAACAAAUUUCCAGGCGCCAUUUAUCCUCUUUCUCCUGAUUUUAUAUUCAAUCGCUGAUGUAUACCGCGCUUAAUAAUAUGCUUUCAAAUAUUUGUGCAACUAUUGAAUUAAUUUUUGAAUAUAUUAACUGUUCCCAGCCGUAGUUUCUAUUUGACUUCCCUGAGCAUGUUGAAUCGAAGAAUUUUAUCCCAAGGUUUCAGCUUUUUUAUCUAUAUUUUCAUUUUUUGCUUUACAAUCUGUCUUUUGAUAUUCUCUUCAAUAAAGUGGUAAUUAAAA